UUCCCAGACCCAAACGUGGUGCGACUGGAGAACUAUCCCAUCCACACCAUCACAGGAAUUUUGAAACAGUGGUUGAGGGAAUUGCCAGAGCCUCUCAUGACAUUUGCCCAAUACAGUGACUUCCUUCGGGCAGUCGAGCUUCCUGGGAAGCAGGAGCAGCUCUGUGCCAUUUACAGUGUCCUCGAACAACUCCCUCGAGCCAGCCACGAUACCCUGGAGCGGCUCAUCUUCCACCUGGUCAAGGUCGCCUUGCUAGAAGAGACCAACCGCAUGUCGCCCAAUGCCCUGGCCAUUGUCUUUGCCCCCUGCCUCCUGCGCUGCCCGGACAACUCCGACCCUCUCACCAGCAUGAAGGAUGUCUCCAAAACUACCAUAUGUGUGGAGAUGAUCAUCAAGGAACAGAUGAGGAAGUACAAGCUGAAAAUGGAGGAGAUCUCCCAGCUGGAGGCAGCGGAGAGCAUUGCCUUCCGCCGGCUUUCGUUGCUUCGGCAGAACACACUGUGGCCCGUAAAACUGGGGUUUUCUUCUCCCCGAGAGGGAGUACGGAAAACCCCGCAGGACACAGCACCCGACAGUGGCACCUCCCCUAAACUGGGAUUUCUUCCAGAGGAGGAAGAGGAGGAAGCAGAUAAUCGAGAGAAGGAGCUCCUGAUGGAACGGAUCCAGUCGCUGAAGGAGGAGAAGGAAGACCUCACGUACCGGCUGCCAGAGCUGGACCAGCGGGGCUCCGAUGAGGAGAACCUUGACUCGGAGACAUCAGCCAGCACUGAGAGCCUGCUGGAGGAUCGUGUGGGAUGACAGGACCACACAGGUCAGUAUGGAGGAAGAGGCAAGCCUCCCCAUCCUUUUCAGUGCCUCACUCCUCCACCAAAAAUGUGUGACUGGAUCACCAAGCAUUCUGCCUCCACCUGCCACUGCAAACCCCUCUCUUGCCUGUGUAGCUGUGAGGGGCUGGCCAUCCUCUGCAGCUGCUCAAGGGAAGGUUGCUCUGGCAAAACCUGGGAGAUGUCCACAGCCAAAUUCAACCCAUGCCUCAGGAUUGAAACACUGACAGGCUGUUCCCUUCUAUGCCCCACCUGGACAGAGGACCACUUCUCCUUCCCAGCACCAUGGUCGCUUGACUCAAAGUGAACUUGUCAAGCAGCCAGAUGGCUGUGUCUGGUUCAAGAACAGUUGGACAAGGGAAAGCUUUGGAUCCUUCUCCUUCGUGUUUUUCUUCCAUACCCCCAUAAUUAGCCCAAAGGAAUCAUGGUGGCUGCAACAGACAUUUCACAUGGUGGUCAGACAGGAGCCUUCUGGCACUUCUCUGGGCUGCUGAACUCCAAGGCUGACCUCCUAGUAAAUGGUAACAAUUCUGACCCAUCACCAUCUUUCUGCUCAGAGGCUUGGAAGGGCUCCCCACCUCUCCAAACAAUUCCACUCAUUGUGCCUUCCCCAUGUUUAGCUGCAGAGGCCUCCGCUAGGACCAAAAGGAGCCUCAAGGUACACUGUACAUUCCUGCUUUAAAGCUCUGU